AAUUUUAAUUGAAAAUGGUUCUGAUGACACUUCUAUCUGAGCUCUCCACCACAAACGCCUAGUAACCAUUGUUGGAGGCUGCGGACUGACAGCUCACCGUAAAAUGAGUGAGGGGUUGAAUGGCACUGUGUUCACAGAACGUUCGUGGCCAGAGGCACAGAAGUGGCUGCUGGUGGCCGUACUGGGACUGGAGAUGGUCAUGGGAGUUGUGGGAAACUGUCUUGUUCUGCUGGUCAAAGUCAUGUGCAGGGGUCAAUUCUGCUGUCGUUAUUGGUUUCCUUUCAUCAGUCUCACCUUGUCAGAUUUCGGGUGCUCCCUCCUCAUCAUCUCCGGCUCCCUUUUGGCCAUGUUGACGGGAGGUCAGAGGUCACCAUGGUGUGAGGUCGUCAGCCUGCUUAAGUUUGCCUUCAUCACCUCCUCUAUAGGGAGCAUAGCUAUACUGUGUGUGCAGCGGCUGAUUGGUAUGGUCUCCACAAAAAGUGCUCCCUUUGUUUUCAUGAUGACAGCAUGCUUGGCUUCUUGGGUGACAGGGGUGGUGUUUGGGAGUGUCCCUGUUGUCUACGCCUGGAUCAAGUACGACCCUGCAGAGAUGCUGUGUGCUGUCUUUUGGGAGAGCAGCUACUCAGACAUGUUGGUCUACAUCCUAUGUGCUUUCUCCAUCUGUAUCUUCCUCCCUUUCCUCCUCAUCGUCUUCUGCACUCUACUGAGUGCCAGCAGCUGCCGCUCCAGCUGCAACAGUGAUGAUGAUGCAGAUCUGUCUGCAAUCACUCCUCUGCUGGUGGCCUCCUACACGCUCUGCUACACUCCCUUUGUUGUGUCUGAGGUGACACUCACUACUUACACACACGAAACAACACAUGAGCCAUUGUAUCUGCAUGCACACAGAGUGAACACAAACUUGUCCACUUACAGACUGUCUAUUUCUUCCUCUACAUUGACCAAUCAGCUGAUCCUGCUGGGCAGGCUGGACCUGUCACCGGCGCCUGAUUGGUUAAGGACCCUGUCAUCGGUGAUGUCAUACCUGGACUGCAGUCUGAACCCUCUUAUCUACUGUUCCCAUCAGGACUUCCGGGAGGCGGGCCUGGCCCUGCUGUGGACCAAUAGGAAAGCACCGUCAGAGCCCGUCCUCACUGCUAUCACCAAACAUGACCUGUGAA